AUCAGAUGAGCCCUAACAAAACGGACUGACAACCUUCGCGUCUAAUCGGCGGUUCAUUUCUGUAUUCCAUCGCAACGCCCCUCCCGCCAUGUCCAUCCGCAUAAUAAAACUAGCCAAUGGGGUCUUGGAAGAUCCGGAAGACGGCCCAUCUGACUGCCGUCACAGAAGGGCCUGAGGCUAGACUGCAAAGAAGGACCUCUCGGGUGGGAGUCGGUCAGGGCGGACGGAGGAGCCCAGCGGCCCCUGGCCAGGGUCAGCCCCUUUCUCUCCUUAGUUCCUACAGAAAGCGGUCGAAGAAGCGGAUGGCGUGCUCCAGCCUCUUCCGUCGUUUUAACUCCCUGAGUCAGGCUCUCUGCCUGGCCCUGAAGAUGCAGCGGAACCAGCACUGCCCCAUGGCCACUCUCAACCAGAUGCACCGCCGCGGCCGCCCCAAGUGGCCCUCGGCUGGCCCCGGGCCCAUGAACGGCUGUCCCCAGCUCAAGGCCGUGGUGCUGAAGACAAUGAUCCGGAAGCCCAAGAAGCCCAACUCCGCCAACCGCAAGUGCUGCCGAGUGCGCCUGAGCACGGGCCGGGAGGCCAUCUGCUUCAUCCCGGGCGAGGGCCACAGCCUCCAGGAACACCAUGUGGUCUUGGUGCAGGGAGGCCGCACCCAGGACCUGCCCGGCAUCAAGCUCAAGGUCGUGCGGGGCAAGUAUGACUGCGGCCACGUGCAGAAGAAGAAGUGAUGGGAAAGGAGACCUUUGGUCACAUUCGGGUGGCUGGCACGGAUGGACAGAUGGACUUGGUGGGGGGCCAAGGGUGCACAGAGGCCAAUAACACCAUCAUGACCACCCUUUA